AUGGCGAAAUUGAACAAGAAGAGUCCUGCCACUGCCCCUUGUCUUACUGCAGUUACCACCUCAAACGACGUGUGGAGAGUCGAAGGCUGCUUCGAAGUCUAUGAAGGCCAACUGUAUAGGCUUCGAGUGCCGCUUCCACUUUUCAAUCACUCUCCUAACAUUGAUCACUUGGCUAAUCGUAGAUCGACCAUGACGAAAGCAGGCUUGUUCAUCACGGGUGCUUUCUUCGCGAUGUUGGGUUUCAUGUCUUCAUUGUCAAGAGGCGCUACUGGAACCAGUAAGUCGAAACCGGUGAACGUAAAUAACUUGUACUCUGGUCGAAAUCUCGCAGCUGGAACCAAGUCGCUCGUUUCAGGCAAACAUGGUCUCACUUCAGUUGGGAAAAGUGUUGGUGUUGUGCGACGCAUGCCACCACCGGCAACACUUCCUUCGUUAAAGGCAGAGAAUAAUGGACAGGAUCCCAACACUGCGGUAGUACCUCAAGGAGGUGCUGGAUGGAGCAAAGGUGACGCAUCGAUAGACUUUUGUGAUGCUGUUAGGACAUCAACCUUAUGUACAUCGAGUGGGCCGGACUUACGACCAACAUGGGCAAAACCCCAUUCAGACGCAAUAAGUGGUGAGAGCAGUUCAACAAAGGAAUUUCCAACGCUUGCUGUUGCAGCUCAGGGAAUCGAUGCUUCGCAUAAGUUACCAAAAGUGUACUUAGAACAAUGUCGAGGCUUGGCGAGAAGAGAAGAGGAGUUUGAUGGGAUGUGCAUGGCAUCAAAGACCUCGAACCAUUUUCAGGUCUUUGAUGAAGACGAGUUUGUCGAAACGUCAGACCAAUAA